UUAUUUUACUUUGUUUUUGUGACAGUUCUAUUACUUUGACAUACAGUAUAUUCCUGUUUUGUUUCUUGGCGUUUCUUUGUUGCUUUCAAUUUUGCGACGUUGUUAAUUUUGUAUUUAGAUUUUUUUUUUUUCGGCCUUUUUUAAACGGCCCCCCUCCCUUUGAAAAAAUACAUUUGCCCUCAAUGUUUGUUUUGGCUGCCUUCCUGGUACUAUUUGAAUGUGUCUGGAACUCAUCAAACGUUUGUGUGGGGUUUUUUUUUGUCAAUUGACUCCGCUUUCUGAGAAACGUGAAAUUGAAUCUAUAUGUUUUUUUACUGAAGAAAAUCAUUAUUUUAAAAGAACAUUUUUUUCUGUUUGUAUGAUGUCAAAAAAAAAAAGUGGGUAGGCUCAAAAUUUCAGGGCAACAAGCGUCAAUAAAAUUUUAUGUUGGACAAAUCAACUCGAUAUUUUUAGUUUUCUAGCCUUGUAUUGGCUAUAAUAAUAACUUGCUUGCAAAUUAUUCUCAUAUUUUCAAAUUGAUCCAACUUAAUUGACUGUUUUAGCUUCAAAAAUACAAGUUGUGUGUGUGGGUUUUUUUUUUUUUUUUUUUUUACUGUUUAGUGAUGGAAUGUAAUUAAGUAUAAUAUUCGGAAAUGUAUCAGGUACCUCAAGCGUUACUUUUAAAAUCGUCCCACAAUUUCCAUUUUGUUCGGAUGUGUUUGUUUUGGUGGCGCUCAAAUAGCCCCACAGUGUGAAUUCAAUUACGGGAGGUGUGUCCAAAUCGCUCUGCGACAAAUGGGCACCACCCUUGAUAAGCAGCACAAGUACGACGUACCGAACGGGACAGCGUGUGGAUUUAUAGCCCGUUGCUUGGUCUAAAUAUGUGGGGGGUGCUGCUUUUAGGUCUGGCCCUUUUCCUCCUGGUGGUGUGCGUCUUAGGCAAAAGGGAGCCGGCGCACUUCCCGCCCGGGCCGCUCGCACUGCCUCUCGUUGGGAAUGUCUUCAACAUCCCCGUCAAGCAGCCUCACCUAUACCUCACGCAGUUGGCUGAAACCUACGGGAACGUGUUCUGCAUCCGCGUGGGGCAAGAGAAGACGGUGUUCGUAUGCGGAUGGAAGACGGUGAAAGAAGUGCUGGUGACGCAGGCUGACAAGUUUGUGGACAGGCCGUACCAAGCCUUGUUUUCCAGACUGUACAAUCAACACAAAGGGGGGAUUUUGUGCUGCAACGGCAAGACAUGGAGGACGCAGCGUCACUUCGCCAUGGGAAUGCUGCGCACCUUCGGCCUGGCCAACGGCACCCUGGAGAGGAGCAUCUGCCAGGAGAGCCAACACCUGCAACGGGCUAUGGAAGAACACAAAGGCGAAUUGUUUGAUCCGGCGGACUUGUUGAACAGAGCGGUGGCGAACAUCAUCUGCCAGGUCAUUUUUGGGAGGAGGUUCGACUACAGUGAUCCAAAGAUCCAGCAAUUGCACGAGAACCUGACAGAGCUGGUCUAUCUGGAGGGUUCCGUGUGGGGCCAGCUCUACAACGCCUUCCCGGCGUUGAUGAAGCGAUUGCCCGGGCCCCACAACGGAAUCUUCACCAACUUCCAAGCCCUGCAGGAGUUCAUCGGCGCCCAGAUAAAGAGCCACAAGUUGGCUUUGGACCCGAGCGAUCCACGAGAUUAUAUCGACGCCUUCCUGGUGGAGAGCAACAACGAAGCGAACGGAGAACUGGGUUUCACAGAAGAAAAUCUGGUUCUGUGCUGUAUGGAUCUGUUCCUUGCUGGGACGGAGACUUCCUCCAAGACGCUGCAGUGGGGCCUCAUUUUCCUCAUCCAGAACCCUCAAAUCAUGGAUAAAGCCCAGACGGAGAUCGAGCGAGUGAUUGGGACGAGCCGCUUACCCAAGAUGAGCGACAGAGCCCACAUGCCCUAUACGAACGCAGUCAUCCAUGAGAUCCAGAGGAUGGCUAACGUCGUUCCCCUCAACGGAACCAGAGUGGCCUCGAAAGACAUACAUCUGGGAGGCUGCGUCAUCCCCAAGGGCAGCACCGUGUUGGCCAUCUUGACGUCGGUGCUCUUUGACAAGAACGAAUGGGAAACUCCGCACGUGUUCAACCCCGGACAUUUCCUGGACUCAAAUGGCAAUUUUGUCAAAAGGAAUGCAUUCUUACCUUUCUCUGCCGGAAAACGUGCAUGUGUGGGUGAGGCCCUGGCCAGGAUGGAGCUGUUCUUGUUCUUGGUGGCCAUGCUGCAGAACUUCACCUUCUCGGCUGAGGAAGGAGUGGAGCUGAGCUCGGAAGGAAUCGUCGGAGUGACGCGCACGCCGUACCCCUUCAAGAUCCGCGCCACGCCCCGCUGAGGGUUCACCAUGAACAUUCAUGGUGUUUAAAUUUUUUUUUUUUUUUUUUUUAAUUCAGCUUGGCUCUCUGCAAAGGCGGACGCUUUUUACUCUGCUCCUGCAACUCCUGCCUUUUCUUUCAAAAUGUUUGAAAAAAAAUAUUGACUUUCCUUUUAAACAUCAAACCACUUUU